AGUAGGCGGCUCGGUGCACAGGGAUGAGUGAGUCUGAGCUCGGUUUCUCCCCAGAGCGUUCCCAGCCUUGACCGGUUCAGACCCGACCGACCCGGGAGCCGGGAGCCGGGAGCCGGGAGCCGGCAGCCCCGAGCCGGACUCGCCAUCCCCGGCGGCGGCUGAGCGCUCCCCGCGCGCCGGGCGCUCCGAGUCCCCGCACCGGAGAGGGGCCAGGGCUCUGGAGCUCGGGGUGCCUGUGGGAUCCAGUGCUUCUGGCUUCCCGGGUCCCCCGCAGCGGGAGCCCCGACACGCGCUCGCUGAGCCCGGGACGGGACCGCCGCGGACCCAGAGACCCAGAUUGAGAAGCCGCAGAAACGACCAUCAUGGGCAGCAAAACCUUGCCCGCACCAGUGCCCAUCCACCCCUCCCUGCAGCUCACCAACUACUCCUUCCUCCAGGCAGUGAACGGCCUGCCCACCGUGCCCUCGGACCACCUGCCCAACCUGUACGGCUUCAGCGCGCUGCAUGCCGUGCACCUGCACCAGUGGACGCUGGGCUACCCAGCCAUGCACCUGCCGCGCUCCUCUUUCUCCAAGGUGCCAGGAGCCGUGUCCAACCUGGUAGACGCACGCUUCCAGCUGCCUGCCUUCCCCUGGUUCCCCCACGUCAUCCAGCCCAAGCCAGAGAUCACCGCUGCAGGCGGCCCCGUGGCGCUCAAGACCAAGCCUCGCUUUGAUUUUGCCAACCUGGCCUUGGCUGCCACUCAGGAAGAUCCGUCCAAGCUCGGCCGUGGGGAGGGUCCCGGCUCCCCCGCUGGCGGGCUGGGCGCCCUCCUGGAUGUGACCAAGCUGUCCCCAGAGAAGAAGCCCACGAGAGGACGCCUGCCCUCCAAGACCAAGAAGGAGUUUGUCUGCAAGUUCUGUGGCCGCCACUUCACCAAGUCCUACAACCUGCUAAUCCAUGAGCGGACGCACACGGAUGAGCGGCCCUACACCUGUGACAUCUGCCACAAAGCCUUCCGGAGGCAGGACCACCUAAGAGACCACAGAUACAUCCACUCCAAAGAGAAGCCUUUCAAGUGUCAAGAGUGCGGCAAAGGCUUCUGCCAGUCCAGGACUCUCGCUGUCCACAAGACGCUGCACUCACAGGCGAAGGAGCUCAAAACCUCCAAGAUCAAAUGCUAAGCGAGCCUCCUGCUGGCCCGGACCCUGGGCCCCGCCGCCUCCUCCUCCAGAGGGACCAGAAGCCUGAAGGCGACUAGCGGACCGCCCACGGGAGGGGCUCCGGACCUUCCAGGGCCCCAACCACGUCCCUGGGGCGCCGCCGCCUGCAGAACUCCAGAGCCAGGGCGGCUCCCCCAGGACGCGGCUGAACUCUUGGCCAAAAAGGCGGCACUCACGUGGCGGAAAGGAAACUACAUUUUUAAAAUAUAUAUAUAAGAAGAACGAAAGCUCCGCGGAGCCGCAGCAGCGCCUCCCCCAGAAGUAUUACUUUUUCUAUGGUUAUUUUAUACGUUUUCUUCAUUAUUUUUUUUUCUUUGACCAUAUAAGCUUGUAACUCUGACUGCGGAGAAAGAGGGGGAGAGGAACAGAAGUUCUGAGCGCUCGGAGCUUCCAGAACUCUCUCCCGCCCCAUCCCCACCCGGGAGCCCGCAAAAGUGUAACCCGUGUAUCUGCUUCAGCCGCAGGCAGCCCGGCCCGGCUCGGCCCGGCCCGGCCCGUCGCGGGCUCCCAGCGCCCGCUCAUAGUUCCCGGCUCCCAGCGCCCGCUCCCAGUUCCCCGUUCCCAGGUUCCCCGUUCCCCGCUCCCGGCUCCCCGCUCCCAGUUCCCCGGCUCCCCGUUCCCCGCUCCCCAUCCCUGCUCCCGGCUCCCCGAUCCCCGAUCCCCGAUCCCCGCUCCGGCCGCGCUGCGGGCCACGGGCUCCGGGACCGGCCUGCGGGCUGGGGCCGCGGGCGCUGGGCUGGAGGGGCCCGGCCUGGGGCUGCCCCGCUCCGCCGCCGCCUCCGCCUCCGCCUCCGGGAUCGAGCCGCGGGCUAGGACAUGGGCGUUGUAUUGCGAUUGGCACUUUACGCUGACCAUCGGUAACGGACAUUUAUCACUGGAGUUUUUAAAAAUAUGAAAUAAACGGUUAUUUUACAGGCAA